AUGCAGUUCACCACCACACUCUUCAUCACCAUGAUCACCGCUGGUAUCAAAGCCGCCGCUCAAAGCUGCAGCGCCGGAUCUGGCACGCUUCAAUGCUGCGACACGGUUUUAGCCGUGGGCAACGCGCAGCUUGCGAGCUUGCUCUCUGAGGUUAAUGUAGACCCCUCAAUCAUCGAGGGUCUGGUUGGAGUCGACUGUAAACCGCUGACGGCCGGCGCGAUGUGCGAUGGCGCGCCUGGUUGUUGCCCGGAAGGACUGGCGCUUAACGCGAGCGGAUCGCUUUUGACUAUUGACUGUACCGCGCCCACUGGCGCUUAA